AGGGAGACGAUAAACACACACUCAUCCUUCCUUCGUUUCCCCCAAUGCUUUCCACACGCAUCAGAUAGAUACUCACGCAAUUCCACUCCCAACAACAAAAGCAACCCAUAUUCUCAAUCCACACUCGUUUGGAAAUUUUGAUAAUUGAAUAUGGGUGAUAGCAGUUCUCCAUCUGGGUCUCCAAAAGCAAAACCAGAUUCUGUGGUGGAUGGAGACUCGGUGGUUUCCAAGGGUGAUGCAUCGUUGGAAACCAUUGUGCAAAGUUUCCAAGAUUCAAUGUCUCUUGGAAAGAGACAUAAGUUCUGGGAAACUCAGCCUGUUGGGCAAUACAAGGAUGUUGGGGACACAAGCUUGCCUGAAGGGCCCAUUGAGCCCCCAACACCUUUGUCUGAGGUCAAGCAGGAACCUUAUAACCUUCCAAGUGCUUAUGAGUGGACCACAUGUGACAUGGAAUCUGAAGAAAUUUGUGAAGAGGUUUACACUCUGCUGAAGAAUAAUUAUGUUGAGGAUGAUGAGAACAUGUUUAGGUUCAACUAUUCCAAGGAGUUCCUAAGCUGGGCAUUACGUGUGCCCGGUUAUUACCGGAGCUGGCACAUUGGUGUUCGGGCAAAAGCAUCGAAGAAGUUGGUUGCUUUCAUUAGUGGUGUCCCUGCCAGAAUCAGGGUUAAUAAGGAGGUUGUGAAGAUGGCAGAGAUCAAUUUCUUGUGUGUUCAUAAGAAGCUUAGGUCAAAGAGGCUUGCCCCUGUUAUGAUCAAGGAAGUCACCAGGAGGGUUCAUUUGGAGAAUAUCUGGCAAGCUGCUUAUACAGCUGGAGUUGUUCUUCCAACGCCAAUAACAACUUGUCAGUAUUGGCAUAGGUCGUUGAAUCCAAAGAAGCUUAUUGAUGUUGGGUUUUCAAGGCUUGGUGCUAGGAUGACAAUGAGCCGCACUAUAAAACUUUACAAGUUACCUGAUGCACCAGUUACUCCUGGAUUCAGGAAAAUGGAGCUUCGGGAUGUCCCUGCUGUUACUCGGCUGCUUAGGAACUACUUGAGCCAGUUUGUUGUUGCACCUGAUUUUGAUGAAAAUGAUGUUGAGCAUUGGCUUCUUCCCAAUGAGAAUGUGGUGGAUAGUUUCUUGGUGGAGAGUCCAGAGAAUCAUGAGAUCACAGACUUCUGCAGCUUCUAUACUCUUCCUUCUUCUAUCCUUGGAAAUCAAACUUACUCCAUUUUGAAAGCUGCUUAUUCCUAUUAUAAUGUCUCCACCAAAAUUCCACUGCCUCAGUUGAUGAAUGAUGCGCUAAUUGUGGCAAAGCAAAAGGAUUUUGAUGUUUUCAAUGCCUUGGAUGUAAUGCACAAUGAGAGUUUCCUCAAAGAUCUCAAGUUUGGACCAGGAGAUGGACAGCUUCACUACUACUUGUACAAUUAUAGGAUUCGUAAUGCUUUGAAACCAUCAGAACUUGGGCUUGUGCUCUUGUAACUGGCAAAACCAUUCAUUUGUUUUGUUUUUAUUAGCUUUCUGUUUCAACAUUAUUUCUUGUUCCUUUAAAAUAUUGGCAAUUAACAUACUUGGUUAGCAGGGAAUGUUAGAGCCCCCUCUUGGCGUACUUUUUU